GGGGGCGGGGCCGCGGCUCGGGGGGCGGGGUCUGUGGCGGCGCAGCUUGUGCCGCGGUCCCCUUAUUUGGAUCUGCGGGAAUGUGGGCUGGAGCGGUCCUGCCGCGGUACCAGCCUCCAGCCUGCCGCCGGGACUGCCCCUGACCCAGGCGCGCCCGCUGCUCGGUGGCAGGAGGGCCGGCGGAGCGCCAUGGCCUGCAUCCUGAAGAGAAAGUCUGUGAUUGCUGUGAGCUUCAUAGCAGCGUUCCUUUUCCUGCUGGUUGUGCGCCUUGUAAAUGAAGUGAAUUUCCCAUUGCUACUAAACUGCUUUGGACAGCCUGGUACAAAGUGGGUACCAUUCUCCUACACAUACAGGCGGCCCCUUCGAACUCACUAUGGAUACAUAAAUGUGAAGACGCAAGAGCCUUUGCAACUAGACUGCGACCUUUGUGCCAUAGUGUCAAACUCAGGUCAGAUGGUUGGCCAGAAGGUGGGAAACGAGAUAGAUCAAUCUUCCUGCAUUUGGAGAAUGAACAAUGCCCCCACCAAGGGCUAUGAGGAAGAUGUCGGGCGCAUGACCAUGAUUCGAGUUGUGUCCCAUACCAGCGUUCCUCUUUUGCUAAAAAACCCUGAUUAUUUUUUCAAGGAAGCAAAUACUACUAUUUAUGUCAUUUGGGGCCCUUUCCGCAAUAUGAGGAAAGAUGGCAAUGGCAUCGUUUACAACAUGUUGAAAAAGACAGUUGAUGUCUAUCCAAAUGCCCAAAUAUAUGUGACCACAGAGAAGCGCAUGAGUUACUGUGAUGGAGUUUUUAAGAAGGAGACUGGAAAAGACAGAGUCCAGUCUGGCUCGUAUCUCAGCACAGGGUGGUUUACCUUCAUUCUGGCCAUGGACGCCUGUUAUGGCAUUCACGUCUACGGGAUGAUAAAUGACACCUACUGCAAGACAGAAGGCUAUAGAAAAGUCCCCUAUCAUUACUAUGAACAAGGAAGAGAUGAGUGUGAUGAAUAUUUUCUUCAUGAACAUGCCCCAUAUGGGGGGCAUAGGUUUAUCACUGAAAAGAAAGUGUUUGCUAAAUGGGCCAAGAAGCACAGGAUAAUAUUUACACAUCCAAACUGGACAUUGUCUUGAUAAUGGUUUUCCUGAUCUUGCCGCAUCACUUAAUGUGAUCCCCAUAUUGCAAGUGUGAUGCUGAUGACGCUAAUGAAGAUGACGGUGAUGAUCAAGACAACAACAAUGGUUAUCAAGUUCCUGUACAUCUCAGAUGUGGAUGGUGACUCUGCUAGUAAUUUCAACUUGGCAUUUCAUGGAGGAUGGUUGUGCUCAUUAUGUUCUUUCUGGAGGUUCAACACUAUAUACCGCACUUUAUAAUUUAACUGGAAUUGAGACGAAGCCCAGUGACAUGACAACUGUGACCUAAGAAAUGGGAAGAUUAUUCUUCAAGAUAGCUGCAGAGAAUUGUUAAACAGUGAGUAACUUCCAGAAGCCAAAAGGGUUUGGCCUCAUAAGGCAAGGUGACUGACUCAAUGGCUUCUUGAAUCUCAGCAGCUUCGCCAUCUUGAAGAAUGAUUGAUUGUCAAACACUGAACCAAGAACUGCUAUCAAGGUGCAAGUAUCUUACUAGUUAGCCUAAGGAGGGGAAAAUAUCUCUACGGAAUAAACCAUCUUUCUGCAGUAUUUCCUAUAGCUAAAGCCUCAGGCCACUGCCUAACUAACAACAAAGAUUUCAUGGACAUCCUGCACUUCAGGAUUACUUGACUAUCUCAAACACGUAAAUGAAAAUGGGCCAAGUAGCAAAUCUUGAUGACUUUCCACUCUUACCAUCAAUUCUUACUACCUACAAUAUAAGUGAACAUGUGAUUAGAAUGAUCUAUAUUAAUGUUUAGUUAUUUUUGGUUGAGUCCUAAAUAUUUUAGAAGGCUACUUAACAUGUAAGAUACCAACUUCAACACUGUAAUAACAUAUACUGUGAAAACAUUCCUGAAACAUAACCAAAGGGUUUACUAACUCUGCUUCAACAUCCAACAACACAAAAACGUAUGAUUUUUAACAUCAUGAAACAGGGAAAGCAAAGCAUAUUUUUACAUCAAUUUGUAUCCUAUCAUACUUCAUAAUAUAUAUUUGUAUAUUCAAAUUUCUAUUUUGUAGGCCCAAGAUGUGUUUCUCCAAACAUUACAUUCUCAUUGCCAAGUGCCAACUGUUAGAUGUGGAGAGGAAAUGAUUCCUUGCAUUAAACCUGACCAGAGCUUUUGCCUUCUAGGGAUUUAUUUUCCCCAUAGUGUAUCUGUUGUUAUGUCACAAUAACAACAAUAAUAAUGACCUUAAUGUCCAAAGUGCUUUCCAUUUAGAGUCCUUUAACAUGUGUUAUACCACGUGACGCCCGUGAACACCCCAUUGGACUAUUGUCUGUGUAUUCUGCUAUCUCUUUAGCAGAUGAUCUGUAAUUUGGUCAUUGUUCUGUUAUACUCCAGAUUGCUCCACUUGCUAAUAUUUGUAUAGAAUAGAAUUUAUGUAAAUUAGUAACCAGUUGAUUUCUGUGCCAAAUACGUUAUAUCAGGAUUGCCCAAAAAGUAUCACAAAGGAUGAUCUUGGCCAUAUGCUAGGACCCCUGUGAAAAUAACUAGUUUUGAGAAGUUUUUCUACAUAUGUGUGUGUGUGUGUGUGUGUGUGUGUGUGUGUGUGUGUGUGUGUGUGUAUGGUUCUAUUUAGGUGGGGAAAAGAUGAAAAAGCAAGGACAACAGGAGGAAACAAAGGCAAAGAAUAUAGUUUCCUGUCGUAGGCUUGAGACAACUCUAUUUUUCAUGUACUCAUUGCUCAUUAAAUAUUAGAAGGUGAUUUGCUGAGAGAGUAGCUGAGAGUUCAAAAACAUCCUUGCAGAAUGAUUCAAAAGACAAAAGCCAGGUUCAACUGACAGAAUGUUUUGAAGGCUGGAGGUAAUGACACAUUUCACUUCAGAAGCACUUGUAGGUCUUUACUAGUGCUAAAUAUCAUGGUGAGUUAUCAUUAAAAUGUGCCAUCUUCGAUAAAGGCCUUAUUCCUCCUCUCUUCUGCCAUUUCAAUACCUCAGUAUUCACACCCAUAAAAAUUACCAAGCCCCAGUUCUAUCGUUGGAAAGAGUUGCUAUUCUUUUGUUGUUCCCUUAUGUAAUUUUUAGUCUAUGAAUGGUAAGUUUUUAUAGCUAAUGAUAGAUAGAAAUGCCCACUCAAAGAAAAAUAGAGACAAAUGUUAAAAUUGCCAAACAGGCUGUUUUCCCCCCUGUUGUUUCACUGUUGAAUAAAAAGAAAUCCUUGAUUAAUCAGAA